AUGUUUAUCGUUGGCCUCACGGGUGGUAUCGCAAGCGGUAAGUCGUCGGUCACAAAGAUGUUGACACAAUUAGGUGUGGAUGUGAUUGACGGCGAUUUAGUGGCCCGAGAAGUGGUCAAACCGGGAAUGAAAGCCUUGGAACUGAUGAGACAGCGAUUGGGCGAAGACGUGAUCCUCGAGAGCGGAGAAAUGGACAGAAAAAGAGUGGCAGACAUUAUAUUCAACGACCCGUCGAAGAGACAACUCGUCAAUAGUAUAAUACAUCCGCAGAUUUAUAAAUACAUAUUCAGACAACUGUUUGUCUAUCUCUUGACGUUAAGACAGUUUGUGGUCUUAGAUCUGCCGCUUCUGUACGAAAGCGGGAAAAUGAGACAAUAUAUGAGUCAAAUCAUUGUCGUUAAGUGCAGUCGUGAGCAACAGAUCCAGCGAUUAAUGCAACGAAACGAUUACACGGAAGAGGAAUGCAUUUCGCGAAUUGACUCUCAGAUGUCUUUGGAUGAGAAGUGCUUAUUAGCCGACAUUGUUAUCGACAACAGUCAGGACUUGAUUCACACAGAUUAA